AUGACAAUCAUGAUGCUUCAUCAGCUUGGAAGGGGGUUUCCCUCCAUUCCUCCCACUUCUCUCUCCCUCGCUCUCUCUCCCCUCCUCUCCGUCCCUACCAACUCUUCCAUCUCCUCCUGCACCAAAUUUUCCAUCUUCACUCUCAAUACCUUUCCCACCACUUCUUCCAUCUGCUGCCUGACCACUGUCCACGCCAACUGGUCCAUCCCUUCCUUCGUCUUCCUCAGCACGACCUCUUGCCUCUUCUCCUUCAACACCUCCCCCCCCACCACUACCUUCGCCUCCACCGUCUCCAUUUCCACCCUCACCACCAACUCCAUUUCUACCUGCUCUACUGUAGUUUUUGUCUCCACCAUUACCACCAUCUCCUCUAUUGUCACCCUCUCCACCUUCUCUUCCAACACCACAAUUUCCUCCUUCACCAUUUUCUACUCCAUUUCCACCCUCAUCACCAUCUGCUCCAUUUCCACCCUCACCACCAUUGCCUGCAUUUCCUCCUUCGCCAUUUUCUACUCCAUUUCCACCCUCAUCACCUUCUGCUCCAUUUCCACCUUCACCACCUUCGCCUGCAUUUCCACCCUCAACCCCUGCCCACCUUCUUCCCCACCUCCACCCUCACCACCUUCCCCUCCAUCACCACCCUUACCACCUUCCCCUCCAUCUCCACCCUUACCACCUUCCCCUCCAUCUCCACCCUCACCACCACCACCUUCUCCUCCAUCUCCACCCUCACCACCGUCUGCUCCAUUUCCACCCUCACCACGUUCUCCUCCAUCUACACCUUCACUACCGUCACCUCCACCGUCUCCAUUUCCACCAUCACCACCUUCUGCUCCAUCUCCACCCUCACCACCUUCUCCUCCAUCUGCACCCUCACCACCUUCUCCUGUAUUUCCACCCUCACCACCUUCUUCUGCAUUUCCACCCUCACCACCUUCCCCUGCAUCUCCACCUUCACCACCUUCUCCAUCUCCACCCUCACCACCUUCUUCUGCAUUUCCACCCUCACCACCAUCCCCUGCAUCUCCACCCUCACCACCUUCCCCUCCAUCUCCACCCUUACCAGCUUCCCCUCCAUCUCCACCCUCACCACCUUCCCCUCUAUCUCCACCCUCACCACCAUCCCCUGCAUUUCCACCCUCACCACCUUCUCCAUCUCCACCCUCACCACCUUCUGCUCCAUCUCCACCCUCACCACCAUGCCCUGCAUCUCCACCCUCACCACCUUCUGCUCCAUCUCCACCUUCACCACCUUCCCCUGCAUCUCCACCCUCAGCACCUUCCCCUCCAUCUCCACCCUCACCACCGUCUGCUCCAUUUCCACCCUCACCACCUUCUGCUCCAUCUCCACCCUCACCACCUUCUCCUCCAUCUGCACCCUCACCACCUUCUCCUGUAUUUCCACCCUCACCACCUUUUUCUGCAUUUCCACCCUCACCACCUUCUGCUCCAUCGCCACCCUCACCACCUUCUCCUCCAUCUGCACCCUCACCAACUUCUCCUGUAUUUCCACCCUCACCACCACCUUCUGCAUUUCCACCCUCACCACCUUCCCCUGCAUCUCCACCUUCACCACCUUCUCCAUCUCCACCCUCACCACUUUCCCCUGCAUUUCCACCAUCACCGCCUUCCCCUGCAUCUCCACCCUCACCACCUUCUGCUCCAUUUCCUGCCUCACCACCUUCCCCUCCAUCUCCACCCUCACCACCUUCCCCUCCAUCUCCACCCUUACCAGCUUCCCCUCCAUCUCCACCCUCACCAACUUCCCCUCUAUCUCCACCCUCACCACCAUCCCCUGCAUUUCCACCCUCACCACCUUCUCCAUCUCCACCCUCACCACUUUCCCCUGCAGCUCCACCCUCCCCUGCAUCUCCACCCUCACCACCUUCCCCUGCAUUUCCACCCUCACCACCUUCUUCUGCAUUUCCACCCUCACCACCUUCCCCUGCAUCUCCACCUUCACCACCUUCUCCAUCUCCACCCUCACCACCUUCUCCUCCAUCUGCACCCUCACCACCUUCUCCUGUAUUUCCACCCUCACCACCUUCUUCUGCAUUUCCACCCUCACCACCUUCCCCUGCAUCUCCACCUUCACCACCUUCUCCAUCUCCACCCUCACCACCUUCUUCUGCAUUUCCACCCUCACCACCAUCCCCUGCAUCUCCACCCUCACCACCUUCCCCUCCAUCUCCACCCUUACCAGCUUCCCCUCCAUCUCCACCCUCACCACCUUCCCCUCUAUCUCCACCCUCACCACCAUCCCCUGCAUUUCCACCCUCACCACCUUCUCCAUCUCCACCCUCACCACCUUCUGCUCCAUCUCCACCCUCACCACCAUGCCCUGCAUCUCCACCCUCACCACCUUCUGCUCCAUCUCCACCUUCACCACCUUCCCCUGCAUCUCCACCCUCAGCACCUUCCCCUCCAUCUCCACCCUCACCACCCCCUCCAUCUCCACCCUCACCACCAUCCCCUGCAUUUCCACCCUCACCACCUUCUCCAUCUCCACCCUCACCACCUUCUGCUCCAUCUCCACCCUCACCACCAUGCCCUGCAUCUCCACCCUCACCACCUUCUGCUCCAUCUCCACCUUCACCACCUUCCCCUGCAUCUCCACCCUCAGCACCUUCCCCUCCAUCUCCA